GGAAUGUGAUUGCCAGGAAGCACCUUCUUUAAUCUUAAAGCAGAUUUUAGAUGUACUUGGAGGCAGAAUGAACUCCAUGGGAGUGAGUGGCUGCUGCUAUCUACAAUGGUACCCCCGAGAAGCACGUGUGGGGCAGAUCUUCAUACCUGAUCUGGUUGUAGAAGGUUUUCUAUAGAUGGUCUGGCACCGGCCAUUACGCAGAUCACUGCAGCACUCCUAAAGGAUUUGAUCUGAUUGAAUGUGUGGGGGAGAGUGGAAUAGAGGCAGGAGCAGGGAUUAUCAAAAGCUUAGGGCUUAUACUGCUCUGCACUCAGUCAUUCUCCUCUGCGCCUCUCUUGCUGAUGCAGUGAGAGAAAACGAUAGAUGGCUAUUCCAUGGUUGGCAGGCUGAUGACCAUUAGGUCACUGACCAGUUUGUGUGUCAGCGAGAGGCUUUUUGGACUAGUUGUAAGUGGGUGAGCUUGGAAUCCAAAGAUCUAAGGUGCCAUGAAGGACCCAUGUCGAAUAUGUGGUGUUCGUCUGGUGGGAAGCCAGUGUCGCUGGAUCUUCAGCUCAUCGGCACAGAGGAAGCUACAAAUCAUCUUGUCCCAUGUGCUGGGCUGGGAGGUGACUCGUGAUGGACGUGGAGAGUUCCUCUGCGGAAAAUGUGUGUUUCAGUUGGAGAAGGUGGUGCAGUGCGAUAUUAACAUCAGCCAGCUGCAGGAUGAACACAACAGUCAGAUCCAGAAGUUGCAGGCGGAGAAAGACCACCUGAUCCAGUGCAUCAUCCACAUUUACAACAAAAACAACCCAAGCUUGUGCAGGAGAUACGUGGAGAGCACCAGCUGCAAGAUUCCACUCAGGUCCUCUGGGGUGGGCAACCUUGAUGAUGAGGCUACGUGUCAUCUGGCCUCUGAAGGACAGCUUUUCAGAGAGAGUGGAAGUGGUCACGUCGAGAAUAGCAUGAGAAGAUGUGUGAGUCUGGAUCGCAUUGUUAGUAAAGGGGCAUUUCCGGGACGCUUGAGCCUCAGGAGCAGCAGGCUGGGAUCAAUGGCAGGGCUCGAUGGCUCUAAAAGCUUUGGUCUCCGAGGCACACGGCACCGUUCACAGAGCAUGUACCUUGACUUGGUCCAACGUAAAGGCAUACUGCCUAGACCUGGGUUCAAAGGUCGCUCCACGUCCUUGCAGUCCCUCAAUAGAGACUUUUCCUCAGACACCCCUCCAGACCCUCCACCCAAACGAAAACUCAGAGAGCCCAAGGUGUUUGCCCCCAGACAUGGUGCCACUGAUGACCCAGGGGGCAGGGUCCAGGCCAGAGCGCUGCUCCACAGUUCCUCAAGACAACCGUCUGUGAUCUCUGACCUGAUCGAGCUCCUGCGCUGCAUCACCAAGCAGCAAGUUUCUGCCCCUGCAGGAAGCCACAUCCCCAUCUUGAAGAAGUUAAAUACUGGCCCUCUCAAACCACGAGCCAAGCGCAGAUAUAGAGAGGCAGAGUUAAAGUCUCUGCAUGACCUUACAGAGGAAUUUGAUGAUGAAUACACUCCUGUUAGAGUGGAGGUAGUUCUCCCAGCUGGGCAAAACGCUGUAGCACCGGUAAUGAGCUGUGACACAGAAUAGCUGUGCUGCUUAACAUUGCUGGUAUUAAUGCAUUUUUUCCCCUCUC